AUGGCAUCUACGUUCAAAUCGCUCCGGUACGCAAUCUUCUUUGCGUUGGCGCUCUCCGUCGUGUUCGCAGAAGCCGGCCGGCCGUUCAGCAUCAUGGAUUCGGAGACGGCGCAGGCAGCUGGGUGCGCGAUCGAACGAUUCUUCGACGGGCUGGCGCUGGGAGCGAUGAUGGUGUCGGGGCCGAGCCCCGGCGUGGGGCAUUCGUUCAGCAACGCGGAGGCGCUGGGAGGAAUGAAGAACUCCGGACCCAGCCCGGGAGUGGGUCACAGCUUUACCACGGGCACCCACCAGUGA